AUGUCUAAGGAACUGAAGAGUCUGUGCAGCGACUCCUACCUGGAGCUGAGGAAGGAUUGGUACCAGCAUUUCAGUGGCAAUAACAAAGAGCAUGAAAAAUUACUGAAAGAAUGUUGCCCUCUAUAUGGGGGGAAUCUUUCUUUUUUUACAACCAAAGAGCAAAUAUUUGAGCUCUUUAAUAGAUGUGGUGAUGUCAGGAGUGUAUAUGGCUUGGAUAAAAUAAAGAAAAUGACAUGGGAUUUCUGUUUUGUAGAAUACCACAAUAGAGCUGAUGCUGAAAAUGCCAUGUAGUUCCUAAAUUGGACCCUCUUAGAUGACUAUAUCAUCCACACAGACUGUCUAGGCUUUAGAGAGGGCAGACAGUAUGGCCAUGGCCAAUCUGGGGGCCAGGUAAGAGAUGGGUUUCAUGAAGACUUUGGUGCUGGCAGAGGAAACUUUGAAAAAGAAGCUCAGGCCCAUGAUAAAAGAGGAAUGCCUUAG